CGUUCGGCCGACAAACGCGGGACAGCACGGAGGCGGUGGAGGACGUCGGUCCUCCGCUCUUCGGGAGCGCGAUCACGCGAAUUCGCGCGAUAGUAACGACCGACGACGUCCCCGUCGGGUCUCCCGGUCGCGUCGCUCCGCGCACAAAUCCUCUAUCUCUCUCUCUCUCUCUCUUUUCUCUUUCUCUCUCGCGCGCGCGCGUCACGGCAAGUUGAAUGGACAAGGGUACCAAAUACCGAGUGCCUAUCGGCGACGCCUGCGUGUCUAUGCGCGUGUGCUUCGACUCGCUGUGCUUCUCGUCGACGCAGCAGCCGCUCGCCGACGAGGAGGAGGACGCCGCCGCCGCCUCGUCGCAGCUGCCGACGACGCACGGCGCCGCGGCCGUCGUCGCCGUCGACGCUGUCACCAGCGCGAACAACACCACCGCCGCCGCCACCACGCAAGUCACCCAAGUGCCGCACGUCAUCGGCGGCACCGCAGGAGGUGGUGCCCCGAUCGCCGCCAUGGGUACCCUGAGGGAGCUCCAGGAACUGCUGCGGGCCAAGGACGAGAGGAUCGCGGAGCUCGAGGCGGUUGUCUGUUGCCGCGACGCCGAGAUCCAGGAGCUGCGCAGCCACCUCGACAAGUUUCUGAGCGUGCUGCCCUUCAGCGCGGCGCCGCCGCUCACGCCGACCAAGCCUCGUACCCGCGACCGUGCCCAGGGCAUAUCCGCGGAGCCUCCGCUCCAGGAGCUCGCGCCUCUCGCGGUCGUCGACAAGAGCGACAGGUCUCGCGAAUUAAUCAAGACUGCCAUUCUGGACAACGACUUUAUGAAAAAUUUAGAGCUCACGCAAAUCCGAGAGAUCGUCGAUUGUAUGUAUCCUGUUACGUUUCCGGCUGGUUCGAUCAUUAUACAAGAGGGCGAUGUUGGCUCUAUUGUCUUUGUUAUGGAGGAGGGUAAGGUCGAGGUGUCGAGAGAUGGCAAAUAUCUCAGUACCUUGCAACACGGUAAGGUGCUAGGGGAGCUCGCUAUUCUCUACAAUUGCAAGAGGACAGCGACGAUUACCGCGGCAACUGAUUGCCAUCUCUGGGCCAUCGAUCGACAAUGCUUCCAAACUAUUAUGAUGAGGACUGGUCUCUCGAGACAGGCGGAAUACACGGAUUUCUUGAAGAGCGUGCCGAUUUUCAAGAAUCUACCCGAGGAAACUCUAAUCAAAAUUUCGGAUGUUUUAGAAGAGACAUUUUACAACAAUGGGGACUACAUAAUAAGACAAGGCGCGAGAGGUGACACAUUUUUCAUCAUCAGUAGGGGACAAGUACGCGUGACGAUAAAACAGCCCGAUACGAUAGAAGAGAAGUACAUCAGGACGUUAAGAAAAGGCGACUUUUUCGGCGAGAAAGCUUUACAAGGAGAUGAUCUCAGGACUGCUAAUAUUAUUGCUGAUGAUCCAGAAGGAGUAAGCUGUUUAGUCAUAGACCGUGAAACGUUUAAUCAAUUAAUUUCAUCCUUGGACGAAAUCCGAACGCGAUACAGGGACGAACUAGUGGAACGUAGGAGGCUAAACGAGGAAUUCCGGGAUGUACGGUUACAAGACCUUCGGACUAUUGCGACUCUCGGCGUGGGUGGUUUCGGAAGAGUUGAAUUAGUUCAAAUUGCUGGGGACAGCACACGAUCCUUCGCUCUCAAGCAAAUGAAGAAAGCGCAAAUCGUUGAGACGCGACAGCAACAGCACAUUAUGUCGGAAAAGAGAAUCAUGAGCGAAGCAGAUUGCGAUUUUGUAGUGAAGCUUUUCAAAACUUUCAAGGAUAGAAAGUAUCUCUACAUGCUGAUGGAAGCUUGUUUGGGUGGCGAAUUAUGGACCGUUCUCAGGGACAAGGGACACUUUGACGAUGGUACUACACGUUUUUAUACCGCAUGCGUCGUGGAAGCAUUCGAUUAUCUGCACUCCAGAAAUAUAAUCUAUAGAGAUCUUAAACCAGAAAACCUACUGUUGGAUAAUCAAGGAUAUGUUAAACUCGUGGAUUUCGGCUUUGCUAAACGAUUGGAUCACGGACGGAAGACGUGGACUUUCUGCGGUACGCCAGAAUACGUUGCACCAGAAGUCAUUCUAAAUAAAGGUCAUGAUAUAAGCGCCGAUUAUUGGUCCCUCGGUGUUCUUAUGUUCGAAUUGCUUACGGGUACGCCUCCUUUUACCGGUGCCGAUCCGAUGAAGACGUACAAUAUUAUUUUAAAAGGAAUCGAUGCUAUAGAAUUUCCCAGAUCUAUCACGCGUAACGCGAUGGCGCUAAUCAAGAAACUUUGCAGGGAUAAUCCAGCAGAACGUCUUGGAUAUCAAAAAGGCGGCAUUAGUGAAAUACAGAAACAUAAAUGGUUCGAUGGUUUUAAUUGGGAAGGUCUGAGGACGAGAACUCUGGAACCGCCAAUACUGCCACGAGUCGGAGGCGCUACGGAUACUACGAAUUUCGACGCUUAUCCGGCUGAUUCUGAUCCACCACCACCUGACGAUAUUUCCGGUUGGGAUAAUGAUUUUUAACGCAAAAAGUAUAGAGGAUUUUUAUUUAAUAUUCGCGUUUUUUAAUCACAUGGCAGGAAAUCGUAACAGCACGAUUUCUCGAUCAUACGAGACAAUUGGCGACACCUGCAUUUAUAUUUAUAUUUCUCUCAUAACAUUACGUGAUAUAUCAAUUGCAGUUGCAUUUUGUCAUAUUCUUACAAUUUUGUCCUAUUCCAUACAGUCUAUUUGUCUAUUAGAACAAGGGAAACUGCACUGUGAUAAAAUUUAGGGUUUUUACGAAUUUUUGGAUGAUAGAUUUUAGCGAAAUUUAAAAAAAAAAUGGAAGGUUUAGACACAAAUUUUUUAUUUAUGUCGCGACUGGUGUGCGUUCCAGAAGUAAAGUAUCUUCCCCAGUGUUAUAUAUCGUAAUAGAAUACUUAUGCAAGUGUCAAGUGCCAUUAUUACCUCAAGAAGGUAAAUUCAUACAUACGUUCAUACUUGUGCUCAGAAACGCGGUCACACGCAAGAAACAGUCAGCUCAAGUCCAAGGGACCUCUUGCCAUCCAUACUUAGCUUAUCAGAAUGUGCAUAUAGUUCAAUCUAUCAGAUGUUAAAUUUUUUACGGCAAGAUCAUUGUUGUUUGAUUCAUGCUUUAGAGUUUAUUAUUAAUAAUUGUAUUUUAAUUAUAUAUACGUAUGUGUAUAUAUAUAUACAUAUACACACGCACAUAUAUAUACAUAAUUCUUGUAAAUAAUUUAUUAUAUCAUAUAAAUUUUAAAUACGAAAUGUAUAUAUAUAUAUGUCAAUAUCGAAUAAAAUUUUAUGAAUAGCAGCUGCAGGUAUGGCUGCAAGAACCAAUUAAAUCCACUUUCUUUAAUGGUUUGUAGUAUUUAGUGUCUCUCCUACUGAACAGUAAUAAAAAAGGAGAAAUGAAUUAUAUAUGAUUAUCUCUCUUGUAAUUACAUUCACAAAAGCAUAUUAUCAUUUGAUUAUCGACAUUCUGACUAUUCAGUAAAAUAUUUGAUCAGAAUUUUCUAGAUAUUGUAUUUUAUAUACAUAUAUUGGUUCCUCUAAUAUUAUGGAAAAAAUUAACUUGACUGAUUCUUUUAGCCAAGCCUUCAAUUGUAUUGUGUGUACAUAUAUAUAUACAUAUAUAUAUCUGUUGAUUUCUUCUUUAUAUAUAAAAUUCUAUCUUGGAAAAUUAUAAAUAAAAGUGUACGAGUAUUAUUAGGGUAAUACUAUGAUGUUGUAACAAGUAUAACAAUUUAAUACUGUAGAAUCCUUCUAUUAAAAAUCUCGUCUCAAUCUUCAUUCUUAUUUUUAAAGACUUAUGCAAAAUGCAACAAUAAAAAUAUUAUUGCUUGCUGUCUUGUACUCACUUUCUUUACAUAUAAUCAUACAUUGCAAGAGAGCAGUAGUAAAGGAGAUGAAAAGAAAAUCUGUUCCAUCAUAAAGAAGUAAUUUACAAUAUUAAGUAUAAAAAUACAAUCCUAAUAAUUCUCUUACACUAAUACCAGAUCUAAAUUAAAGCACAAAAGUGAUAUAUCAUUGUUUUCUUUGUUGUGUGAAUAAUUACAAACCUAAAAUAAGAAUAUUAUAUUGCUAUAUACAUAUAUAUAUUUUAUAUUAAACAUCCAAUUUUAAUCAAUUUUUUUGUAUGAAGGCCUAUCUGGACAAAUUUGCAUGCUAAAUAUUUGUUUCAUUCCAUCAUGUUAGAUCUUGAUAAAAAUAUACUUGUUCAAUGUUUUUUGGCUAAAAAUAAAGGUUUGACUUCCAAUUAAUGAUAGAUUAUAUAAGACAAAUGCUUAUUUAUCCAGGUAGGGCAGCGAAAGCAUGAACGUUUCGAAAACGAUAUUAUUUUACGAUUUAUUUUACUGAUUUUGAUCUAAUGAAAGUGUUGAAGUAUGUGUAAUCAAAAGUUGAAAUCGUCAUAUCCUAAAAAUAUAAUCUCUCUCCUAAGCUCAAAAAA